AUGCAACAAUCCAACAAAGAUGAAGACGAAGUUGUAGAUAGUAGGAGGCGUAGUUUAAGUAGGUUAAGUUUUGAGGUUGAGGAGGGAGAGGAGAGUGGGAGCAGUAAUGAACAUUAUGCAAAGGCACACACUUUGGGCACUAAAGCGGGCGGAAAGCCCGCGGAGCAAACUGGACUGAGACCGGGUUCCACCACCCCGGAAUCGGUUCAGGGCUCUGGCCAGGGCGCUCGCGCCAAAAAGGGAGGAAAAAGGGACGGGGUCUCUGAGGGAUCGAUCCGAAGCGGCAGGGGUCGAUCGCUCGAGUCUCCCGCCCAUGUAAGCGAGGCUAGUGUGGUCAUGCUAGAGUCUGCAGAAUCUACAGACAGCGCGGAGAGCACUGCAGACGAGGAGAGAUUGGGUCUCUCUGGCAAAUAUUGGCAGAGUAGGUCCCAAAAACGUAAACGAUCUGCGGUCUUUGACUCUGGAAGCGGCUCAGGAGGAAGCCCGAGCGGUGUGCCUAACAAGCUUGGCACACCCAAAAGGGGCCGAGGCAGGCCGCCUGCCACUGGCCAAUAUGUUGGCUUAGCAAAGGCUAAAGCUGAACUCGCGGCAGCCAAGGAGAAAGAAUUACGGCUCCGCUUGGAAGAAGAGGUUGCAAACCAUUCUCUGAAAGCCAGAGAGUCGUUUUCCCGGUUGGAUCAGGCCAUCUCCCAAACACUUGGGGAUGGCGAUAAUAGGCUGUCUGCUGACUUGCAGACAGUUAUAGCCAAUAACUUGGAUGUUAUCAUGGACGUGGGGAAAAAGUCCCGAAACCUAAAGGGCACCUUUGUGCGGGCGAUAAAAGAUUCCGUCGAGGCAAUUUCCACGGCUGUGAAAACUCUUAGUGUUCGGACUACAAACGAAGAGGUGGCCAAACUGCAGGCUGAUAAUAAUCGCCUGCAGUCCGAGGUCGAGCGCCUGAGAAGGGAGAACGAGGCACUCAGAGCGGAACAAGCGGACCUGCGAAGGGAGUUCCAGACUCUUCGCUCCGGCUUCGAAGCAGCGAAUGGACGCCGAUCCCCCUCCCCUGCUCCCUCGGUAGGCCCUAGGCAAAUUGAUGAGGCACGUCAGGUUUCACCGCCACGGACGGUACAACCAAGCCAACCCAGCCGGGCUGGGCCACCGGCGGAGCGGGUGAGACCAGAAUUCGCCGAGUUUGCGCGUGCUAUAAUGCUGGAGGUGGGGAACAUGGUGGAUGCCAAGCUCUCCUCAUUAGAGUCGCGUCUGCCACCCGCUCCUCCGAUGCGCCCUCCUUUAGCUGCAGAUAAAAAGAAGGUGGAGGCUGCAAAGAAGCAGAUCCAGACACCAAAAGGCGGUAUAGUGGCUCAACAACCCGGACCUAGCCACAAGAAAAAGAAGUCCAAAAGAAAAAGAGGCAAGAAACCUAGUGGGCCCGCACCAAAUGUGGCACCCAAUGUGCCAGCACCAGUGGACCAAGACUCACCCUCACAACCCGUUCGGCCAAAUAGGAGCGGGGAGACUUGGACUACUGUUGUUAAGCGUGGAACCAAGAAACGGGCGACAGUGGCAGCGUCCACUAAAGCGCCUGCUAGGGAACCCCCGAAAAUUAAACUAAGACCUCCACGGUCACAGGCCGUGGCUGUAACCUUACAGCCGGAAGCGGCGGGCAGGGGAAUGACUUACGCCAAAGUCUUAACUGAGGCGAAGUCCAAGAUCGAUCUCUCUAGCCUUGGAGUUUCAGGGAUGCGGAUUAGGAAUGCAGCCACGGGUGCCCGCAUCCUUGAAAUUCCGGGAAUUUCAAGCAAGCCCGCUGCCGACGCUUUGGCAGCAGAGAUCGAAAAAGUGAUAGGAUCCGAGACUGUAAAUGUGUAG